GCCGGAGAGAGGCCUGGUAGGCACAGCCGCGGAGGCUCCAUCGCUUCCCAUUAGGCGCUCCUGCCCGGAUCGGAGCCCGCGGGUCCGCGCCCGCCGCCCCGCGCCCUGCCCGCUCCCAGCGCCGGAGCCCACGUUUGUAUGUACUUCAUGUUUGGAGCUGUCAUUUUUCCAUGACUUCUAAAGAAGAAUGGUUUCUCGGUAACUCCUGAGAGGUUCCCUGUCCUGUUACAGCUGUUGUACCAAUGCAGAGUGCACGCUGAUGGGCACAGGUAACUGAGCCCUAAUUUGAAUCCAGAUCUGCCUGAUGCCACGCCUGUGUGUGUUUCCACUACAUCAUGCUACCUUCCAAUAAUCUGGUAACCUGAGUUCAACAUUACAGAGGAAAUGACCAUGGAGAAGUAGAUGCCCAGAUGCAAAGUGAUGAAACAACCAAUUUGUCAUAAAGUAAAAUGCAGCUGUGGCUUUUCAACCAGAUUAGAACAAAAUUGUAUCUAUUUUCCUCAGAGGAGAAUUCCACAAGGUUAAGUCAUCAAACAAAGAAAACAUGGUGUUCUGAAGUAUGAUUAAACUCCUGCGGCUGCAGCAGAGGUUAAGCAUAUUCAUGGCCAGAUCUAGUGCUCACAUGGUCUUCUGAAAGAAGCCAUGGGUAGCUGUUGUAGCUGUCCAGAUAAAGACACUGUCCCAGAUAACCAUCGGAACAAGUUUAAGGUCAUUAAUGUGGAUGAUGAUGGGAAUGAGUUAGGUUCUGGCAUAAUGGAACUUACAGAGACAGAACUGAUCUUAUACACUCGCAAACGUGACUCGGUGAAAUGGCACUACCUCUGCCUGCGACGCUAUGGCUAUGAUUCAAAUCUCUUCUCUUUUGAAAGUGGUCGACGAUGUCAAACUGGACAAGGAAUCUUUGCCUUUAAGUGUGCCCGUGCAGAAGAAUUAUUUAACAUGUUGCAAGAGAUAAUGCAAAAUAACAGUAUAAAUGUGGUGGAAGAGCCAGUUGUUGAAAGGAAUAAUCAUCAGACGGAAUUGGAAGUCCCCAGAACACCUCGAACACCUACAACUCCAGGGUUUGCUGCUCAGAACUUACCUAAUGGAUAUCCCCGAUAUCCCUCAUUUGGAGAUGCUUCAUCCCACCCGUCAAGCAGGCACCCUUCUGUGGGAAGUGCUCGCUUGCCUUCAGUGGGAGAAGAAUCUACACAUCCUUUGCUUGUGGCAGAGGAACAGGUACAUACCUAUGUCAAUACUACAGGUGUGCAAGAAGAGCGGAAAAACUGUGCAGCUGUGCAUGUCCCGUUGGAGGCGAGGAUUUCUAAUGCUGAAAGCAACACUCCAAAAGAAGAACCAAGUAGUAUUGAGGACAGGGACCCUCAGAUUCUUCUUGAACCUGAAGUAGUUAGAUUUGUCUUAGGACCAACUCCUGUUCAAAAGCAAUUAAUGGAAAAAGAGAAAAUGGAGAAAAUUGGAAGAGAUCAAGUCAGCGGGAGUGGUGCAAAUAACACAGAAUGGGACACUGGCUAUGACAGUGAUGAGCGAAGAGAUGCACCCUCUGUUAACAAGCUGGUGUAUGAAAAUAUAAAUGGGCUAUCUGUCCCUAGUGCCUCCGGGGUCCGGAGAGGUCGUCUGACAUCCGCCAGUACCUCAGAUACCCAAAACAUCAACAACUCCGCUCAGAGAAGAACUGCAUUAUUGAACUAUGAAAAUUUACCAUCUUUGCCUCCUGUUUGGGAAGCCCGCAAACUAAGUAGGGAUGAAGAUGACAAUUUAGGACCAAAGACCCCAUCUCUAAAUGGCUACCAUAAUAAUCUAGAUCCAAUGCAUAACUAUGUAAAUACAGAGAAUGUAACAGUGCCAGCAAGUGCUCACAAAAUAGAAUAUUCAAGGCGUCGGGAUUGUAUACCGACAGUCUUUAACUUUGAUAUCAGACGCCCGAGUUUAGAACACAGGCAGCUCAAUUAUAUACAGGUUGACUUGGAAGGGGGCAGUGACUCCGACAACCCUCAGACUCCAAAAACACCUACAACUCCUCUUCCACAGACCCCUACCAGGCGCACAGAGCUGUAUGCUGUGAUAGACAUCGAGAAAACUGCUGCUAUGUCCAAUUUGCAGAAAGCACUACCACGAGAUGAUGGUACAUCUAGGAAAACUAGACAUAAUAGUACUGAUCUGCCUAUGUGAGCCUGGAAAGCAUUACAUUGUUUGCACCUUUGUGAACUUAAAAAAAAAUGAAGAUGCAAGUACUUCAUUUUCAUUUCUAAACACUAACUCCUUUUAUAGACUGAUGUUUUUUUUGUUUUUUUUUAAUAUUUCAUGUGCUUAACUAAAGGGAAUUAAUGUAGAGCAGGUACUCAUUAAAGAACACUAAUUUCAUUAUAUACAACUCAUUACUGUACAGCAGCACUCCUAUUUUCACAGUGCCUAUUUAAAAUGAGAGUUGAAGUGAGUGACAUGCUGGUUGAUUUUUAUCAAUAUUCUGGACUUAUGCAUAUCAUUCAUGCCUAAGUCAUGGUUGGCAUUUCAAACAUUUUAUAAAGCCUCUUGAUAAUGUGCAUUGCUAACAGAUAACUCUAGGCUUUGAAAGUAAUAUUUGUAGAUUCACUGUUCAUGGUAUGUGGUGGUCAGCAUGUAACAUGAAGAAUCCUUUAUUUCGUUAAUUGUAGGCUUUUUGACUUGAGCCAAACCAUAGGUCAAGGAAAUAGAAGUACCACACUCCUUAUAUACCCGUCAGCUCCUUUGCCUUCAUCUUACUAGAAAGAGUCCUGUGUCCAUGAAUAUGGUUUGUUAUUGGUGUGUUGAAAGGCAGGGAAGAAGAUAAUACUGUGUUUAUUCAUCUCAUGAGGUCUUUGGAAGGGCAUGCCCAGAUAUCUUAAUCAGAAUUACAGUAGGCUCAAGAAUCAGUCUCAGGUCACUUUAUCCAAAAGCAUUUGAAAAUCUGAACCAUGAUCUUUUGAAAGUGUGUCUCCUAUGGAUUAUUGACAAUAACAUUGUUCUGGAGGCAUUUGUGCCAUUAGAUUGACACUCACCUUCAGUUUUUCUCCUUUGGUGUUUGGGCUGUUGUAUUUUGUUGCUUAAUGUCUUUUUCAAUUUAAAAUGUUUGAAUUUGUAUAUAGUUUUUAAAUUGGAUUAUGUGUUUAUUGUUGUUUAGUUUGCAUUUUUGUCAAAUUGUGGUUUUGAAGGUUCAUUUAGAACUUACUGUUAUUCUAUAACAGGGUUGCCCUUGUCCAGUAUUUAUUUAUAUGCUGUUUACUUUUCAAGUUGUUGAUAAAAACAUUCUCUCAGUUUUAAAUUUUACUUGUGUCCAUAGGUGAUCUUUUUAGCAGCUGAGAAAAAAAAAAAAGGAAAUUACCUUUAACACGCGAAGUUCCCGAAAGGUACUGUUUUCUCUUGGGCACUCUCCCCAGCACUUUAGCAGCGAUUCCCUCAAGUCACACGGCUGCAGUUACACUUUGCCCACUGCAGUGCUCCUCAGCUCUGCUGUCCUUUCACUCCUUGUUGGAUCUUUGAUUAUCCCUGGUUUCAAUGGAAUGUUAAGGUUAUUGCCAGCAUAGCAAGUACAGUGGAAGUCAUGUAGCAAUAAGAUUGUCAUAAUUUAGGAUUUAAAAUGAAUUGAAACUUAUAUAAACUGACGAGAGGUCAUAUGUCCAACUCUUAGAAAUCGAGAAUGUUCCAGUUUCCCAAACACUAGAGAAAACAAGAGAAGGUAGAGUGAAAAGAAGGUUAGGUAACCUUGCAAAAUAUUUUACCGUUUUCUCUAAAUAUGAGGAAGUUUGAGAUUAUGAUCUGUAUCUAACAGAUGUAACUAAGGUUAAGUUAGCAUGAAAAGAUUUCAGUCAUAUAGCAUCCAACCUGUUCAAUAAAAAAACAAUUAUAGGACAGUGAAUGGAUUAGGAAAAUUAUUAGAAUGGGACCAUUAUAAAGAAAAUAAAUUAUUAAAGAUGUCUAUUAUUUUCAGUGCCAUUGGUUUAUGUGCAUAGCAGAAUCUCUUCUCUUUUUUUCUGUGAACUUGGUGCUUACUAAAGUGUUCACUAUUCUCUAAAAAGAGAGCAGUGGUAUAGGUGUGCAGUUUCCAUUUUUAAUAUAUUGUUGCAUUUAUGUUUUCUUCUGAGUAGUUUGCUAAUCGUGCCAAAUUUAUGUGAUUUUUGUAAUGUGGAAUAAGAAUUAUGAUGGAAUUAGUACGCAUGGUUUUCUCUGAAAUAAGCAGUAGAGACAGAACAUUAACCUCCAAAUGGAAGGGCUGACCUAUUUAUUCAUUUUGGAGGUUGGAUACUUCAUUUUCUUUUUCUCAUCCUUUUCAUUUUCCCUUCCAGAUUCUAAUUAGUUUUUAUACUUUUUAGGUAACUCCAAUGUAAUCAUUGCAGUUUAUGCUUUAAUAGUGUGUGCAUUAAAAAAGAAAAUGGAACCAAUUUGUCUGCUAAGAAUUUGAAUUUAGGUACUAUGAGUAUUAGGAAGAUGUACACAUAAAACUGGUGUUAAUUUCUAGACGUCUCUGGAAAUCACCUGUGUCCCUAUUUAAUAAAAAGUAAUGUAGAACACUCCUUUUCCUUUGCAGUAGUCUAGUAAUGGGCAUUAAGCUCUAUCCUGGAAGAAUGUAUCUAUUACUAGGUGCAUUUUAGAAUGAGUUAUUUUAUUGGGAUAUAAUUAUGGCCAUAUGUUUCAGAUUUUCUGAGACAGACCUAAUUUUAGAUAUUCUGUUCUGUUGCUAGACUGUGAUCCUACUUUUCAGUUUUGGAAAUAUAAUAAUUAUUCAUAUAUUUUCCUAAAUAGAAUCUUCUUUUAUCAUUAUAGAUCGUAACAGCUUUUAUCCCAGACCAGGGUUGGAAACAUGGAUAUUGACUGUGUUUGUUUUUGUUUUUUAGUGCGUUUUAACUUCCCAGUUUCACCUUUCUUUAAAAAUGAAAUUAUGGUGCCUUUUCUCCCUCCAGGAAGAUUGGCAAAUAGUUCUUUUAUUUACUGCUGCUGUGGAGUGAUGAGAUAUGCACUUUACUCUAGAAGAUUCAGCAAAAAACUUUUCACUUCCCAGUAUAUCCAGAAUAGAUCACAUUUGGGACUUAAGAAAAUUUGCCAAGCAAUCUUUUUUUAUAGUUAUAGUUAUUAUGUUAACUCCACAGUUCAAUGUUAUAAAUCAAGCUAGAGUUUAUCACCCCAGCCCCCAAAGAAAUCUGUGGCACAACAUAUAAAAAUGUACCUCAAUAAUGUUCUAUUAAAAAUGGGACAGGGGCCUUAUGUUUUCAUAAUUUCUCAAUAAUGUGCCACCAUAUUUUUGCCUCAAGGUAAAAGUUUUAACAAGCUAAAAAGUACUUCCCACUUCCCCCUGUGCUGUUCCUAAUCCCUAAUGCCCAAGUGUUUUGUGCAAUGUAUAGUAUGUAUAAGUAUAUAUGUAUAUGUACACAUAUACAUACAUUUAUCUUUGAAAUAGACAUACCAUCAGAGACAACAUUCAGAAGUAACUGAUGUAUUGGCAUCUCAUUCAUAUUUCUGAUAUGUGAGGUAUAUGGUACUAAUUACCUUUUCCCUGAUGUUUGCCAAAUUUGAAUAAAGGCAUUGGUACGAAAUUCCAGAAUGUAUACAAAAUGUUUUUGGCUUGAAAAAUGAACAACUAUUUUAUUACCUACCACAAUAUCCUCUGCCCAAACCAGCACCAUAUCUAUCUAUCCUGUUCUUUAUAUCCCUAUUCGCCAUUCAUACUUUCUCAGUUUUUGGGGGUAUAACAAUUCUUUUGUAGCAUCACUAUUGAUUGCAAUUCUAUGACGGACUGGUUAUUAAUAGUACAGUAGUCACCGGUGUGCCACAUUUGCAUUAGUAAAUGCAAAAUAUACAUUUUAUAAAGGACAAAUUUUGUGUUAUGUUUUUAUUUUCAUUACAUUGUAUAAUAUUGUAAGAUUAUUGUAUGUCCUAAUUUGCAUUAUAAAUGUUUUUUUCCUACAUAAAGGCAUAGAUAUAGCAACUUUGUAUAAAGGUAGCUUAUUAGAUUUUUAAUUUUUUUCUUUUAUAUAAAAUUGUCUAACAGUGGGACUACCAUUGCCAAAUUGUAUAUGAAAUAUGAAUUUUACCCCCUAUGGUUAAUUUCUUUUAUAAAACAUUCCACAUUUCUCUAAUAAAAGACAUAAGUGAUACUGUACUAUGCAUAAAUUGUAUUUUAAUGCUGUUUCAUAACAGCAUUUUAAAUUUGCUUUGCAUUUUUAAUAUUGGCAAAAUUUACCACUGUUGAUUAAAACCUUGUUGUAUAUGUAACAACAUCUUUUGCCCUCUCUUCCUCCCCGCCCUUUGUUCUCUGUUUCUCCCUAUCAGUGCCAACUUCAUACAUUUUGUAGCAUGGCAAUAAAAUAUAACUUUUACACUGAG